UACACCAUUACUGUGAGAGUCUUCAAUGCAGCUGGCAGUGCUCCAGUCAGUAAUGGUGUAACUGCAACAACUAUGCACACAAAACCUACACGAGGUCCCAGCUCAAUCAGACGUGGUACAGUCACUGCCAGUAGCAUUACUGUCCAUUGGGAAGAGGUGCCUUGUCUUGACCGUAAUGGAGAGAUAACUGGUUACAUAGCAGAGGCUGUGAAAAAUGGAGUGGUAGAAGAAACUGCUAGUGUCAGUGGUGGUGCUAGACAGGCUACAAUCUCUGGGUUGUCUCCAUCAACCUGGUACACUGUUCAAGUGGCAGCAGUGAAUGGUGCUGGUACUGGUCCAUACAGCUCUGGUAUCUCUCUCACGACUAGUGAUGGACUUAGUACACAAGUUAUCUCCUCAUCCAAUACAUCUCUGGCCAUCUCAUGGACACUGGAGGAGACUUUGACAGCUAGUGCCUACACCAUCUCCUACUCCAACACUAACAACACUGACUGUUUCACUGACUCCAGAAGUGAUACAAUUACUAGUGAGACAACAUAUCAACUAACUGGUCUAGAGGAGGGAACUCAGUAUUCUAUCACUGUCACUGCCACUCUGACUGGAGGAAGGACUGAACAAGAUACUGUCACAGCCACAACAAGAACUGCUGCUCCAUCUGCCCCUUCCCUCUUCUGUGAGAUUGUCAGUGGUCAGUUCAACUAGCAUCAACAUCACGUGGGGGCUGGUGGACUGUAUACAUCGGAAUGGAGAGAUAACAGACUACACGGUGAGGUAUAAUGGAAAGGAGGGAGGUGACCAGACACACGGGUUUCUCUCUGGAGACUCCAGUGGAGGAAUGAUCACACUCAGUGGACUGACUAAACAGACAGUCUACACAGUUGAAGUGGCAGCAAGGACCAGUGGUGGUACUGGAGUCUACAGCCAACCACAGAAUAUUGAGACUCCUGAUAAUGUCUUCAUCAAGCUGAAAGGAGCUGUCAUCCGUGAUCAUGGCUAUGUGGAUAUCAUUCAUAUUGGCUUCACUGAAGACGACACUGCUCUACUCUGUGUUACUAACCGUG